CUCUCCUCGUCCUGCUCUGCUCUGUUCUCUCCUCUCUCUCUCUCUCUCUCUCUCUCUCUCUGUCUUCGCUCCACACUUCUAUUAUCAGGAAAUGUGAAACGAGAGCUCCUGAGCUUCUGCUCCCAUUUGCGAUGGCGACCCAUUAGGCUUUAGCUAGCUCCAUAUACAGUUCCCAUCUCUCUUGACUCUUGCCUGAGUCCAACUUCCGCCACCACCGUUCAACUCAGAGCUCCGUGUCUCUGCUGUCUCUGUGUCGUUCUUCCUGUAAAGCUGCUCCUUUUCGAUCCUCAGGGACAAAAGCGAGAAUCGUUCUCUGGGUAGCUCCUGGUUCCUCCGUUUCUGUUCAUUUGAUGCGAACUCUCUCUCUGUCUCUCUCUAACCACAUCUCAUCUCGCCAGUGUUUGCUUCUCUCUCUCUCUCUGCAGAUGGGGAAGGGGUUCGGCUUCUGGUCUCUCAUCUCCUCCUCCUUCUUCCUUCCCCUUCUGCUCAUCAGCUCUUGCUCUGCUCAAGUGCCAGGUUUUGUAAGUAUCGACUGUGGGGGCGAGGCGAGUUUCACAGAUGAGCUUGGUCUUGAGUGGAUCCCUGAUAAUCAGUUUGCCUUUGGGGAAACAACUAACAUAUCUGUGGCGAACGAGACGAGGACGCAGUACAAGACUCUUAGGCAAUUCCCCAUCGAUAACCGGAAGUAUUGCUACACCCUCAAUGUGACGACUAGGACGAGGUAUCUCAUAAGGGCGACAUUCUUGUAUGGGAACUUCGACGACAAUAAUGUCUAUCCCAAGUUCGAUCUCUCCCUUGGGCCCACUUUCUGGUCAACGAUUGUCAUAUCUGAUGCUACUACUAUAGAGAUGCGGGAGCUCAUAUUCCUGGCCUUGGAUCCUACUGUUAGCGUGUGUUUAUCUAAUGCUACUACGGGGAAGCCUUUCAUAUCUACCCUUGAGCUCCGCCAAUUCAAUGGCUCGAUGUACUAUACUGACUUUGAGGAGCAGUUUUACCUUGGUAUCUCUGCAAGGAUCAAUUUCGGGGCAGACAGCGUUGAUCCAGUCAGGUAUCCAGAUGAUCCGUUUGAUAGAAUAUGGGAGUCUGACUCUCUGAAGAAAGCUAAUUACCUCGUAGAUGUGGCCGCCGGAACCAAAAAAGUGUCAACUCAACAGCCCAUCGAUGUAAACCGAGAUGAAAGGCCUCCCGAGAAAGUCAUGCAGACAGCAGUGGUCGGAACAAAUGGUUCCUUGACUUAUCGAUUGAACUUGGAUGGUUUUCCCGGUGCUGGGUGGGCCUACUCUUACUUUGCAGAAAUCGAGGACUUAGCUCCCGACGAGACGAGGAAGUUUAGGCUCGUGCUUCCUGGUGCUCCUGAUAUCAGCAAAGCGGUUGUUAACAUCAUGGAAAAUGCUCAGGGUAAAUAUCGCCUUUAUGAGCCAGGAUUUGUCAAUUUGUCCUUCCCAUUUGUACUAUCAUUUAGGUUUGGCAAGACAUCCGAUUCUUCCAAGGGCCCACUCUUGAAUGCCAUGGAAAUAAACAAGUAUCUGCAGAAGAUCUAUGGUUCUCUUGAUGUUGCAGUUAUUGCUGGUGCACUACCGUCCUACUUACCGGCUCUUUGGGCACAAGAAGGGGGGGAUCCGUGCCUUCCGGUUCCAUGGUCGUGGGUUCAGUGCAACACAGAACCCGCUCCACGGGUAACUGCAAUAAUAUUGUCCAGUAAGAACGUGACUGGAAAUAUUCCUCUCGCAUUUACGAAGUUGACUGGCCUGGUCGAGUUAUGGCUCGAUGGGAAUUCGCUAACUGGUUCAAUACCUGAUUUCUCUUCGUGUGUGGACUUGAGCAUCAUUCACUUAGAGAACAACAAGUUGACCGGCGAGCUGCCUUCGUCUUUGCUGAAGUUACCCAGUUUGAAAGAGCUGUAUGUGCAGAACAAUAUACUGUCAGGGAAGGUGCCAUCUGGUUUAAACGGGAAAAGCUUGGCUUUCAACUUCACGGGAAAUCCUGGACUUCGCUUAGAGGAAAAAAAGAGCCAGACUAAAAUCACUGUGGGUGCAUCAGUAGGUGCUGUUAGUCUCCUACUAGUUACAAUAGCUUUGUGCCUAUACAUUAUCAAACGGAAGACCAGAUAUUCCAACCAAGGUGAACUUAAACAUACCAUACAAUCUCAGCGGCUGGCUUCUACCUUCAAAGAUCCUCCUGCAGAAGCUGCGCAUUGCUUCAUGCUUUCUGAGAUUGAAGAUGCCACGAAAAAUUUUGAGAAGAAAAUCGGCUCCGGUGGAUUUGGAGUUGUGUACUAUGGAAAGCUGAAAGAUGGAAGGGAGAUCGCAGUAAAAGUCCUGACAAAUGAUUCGUACCAAGGAAAGCGUGAAUUUUCGAAUGAGGUGACGCUUCUAUCGAGAAUACACCACAGGAAUCUGGUACAGUUCCUAGGGUACUGCCAAGAAUGUGGGCGAAAUAUGCUCGUCUAUGAGUUCAUGCACAACGGGACCCUCAAAGAGCACCUCUACAUUGGUCCCCUGUCAAAUCGAAGGGGCAUCAAUUGGAUCAAGCGUCUCGAGAUCGCUGAAGAUGCUUCGAGAGGGAUCGAGUACCUUCACACGGGAUGCACCCCUGCAAUCAUACACCGAGAUCUGAAGAGCAGCAAUAUUCUCCUUGACAAGAACAUGAUGGCGAAAGUUUCAGACUUCGGCCUGUCGAAAUCUGCAGUUGAUGGAGUCUCCCAUGUCUCAAGCAUUGUUCGUGGAACCGUUGGAUAUUUGGAUCCAGAGUACUAUAUCUCGCAGCAGUUGACGGAUAAGAGUGACGUGUACAGUUUUGGUGUUAUACUCCUUGAGCUAAUAUCUGGUCGAGAAGCAAUUUCAAACGAGAGCUUCGGAGUGAACUGCCGCAACAUAGUCCAAUGGGCGAAGUUACACAUUGAGAGUGGGGACAUUCAGGGCAUAAUUGACCCGAACCUGAGGGACGAUUACGAUAUCCAGUCGAUGUGGAAGAUUGCAGAGAAGGCACUGAUGUGUGUCCAGCCCCACGGGCACAUGAGGCCCUCGAUCUCUGAAGUCCUCAAGGAGAUUCAGGAUGCAAUCCUGAUAGAACGAGCGGCUCUGGUGGCGAGGGAGGGUCUGUCCGAUGACAUGUCUCGGAACUCAGGCCAUUCCUCACUCAAUACGGGUCAGUAUGACAUUGCGGGGACCGAGCACUGCCUCUCGAUUGACGAGUCUGUUGCACAGCCAACUGCACGAUAGCGGGAGAUUCUAUGAGAUUAAAUAUGAAAUUUGCUAUGUAAAUCUUUCAUCAUCGUGUACGUACAUUACUGAAGUUAUCCCUAGUGUUUAUUCAGUGUAAGAUGCGCAAUUGUAUCGAUUCUAGUAUGGCGUGUUUCAUUUAUUUCGCUCUUCCUUUCGUAUCUUAUUUUGAUUCGAUAUAGUAACGGUUCGGUUUCUCACGGC